UCUGAACUCCUCCAAUCAUGGUAUCAAUCCGUGACUCUCCAUGGUUUGUGUUGCCUCCGUCUGGUUUAAUGGCGGCGUCAGCUCCUGUCAGAGCGUCUCUUCAAAAAAGGAACAUGGCAGUCCCUUUGCGCCGGUUACACCACGUCUCGAUCCAUGUUUCGAAUGGACAGAAACUAGCUUACGAUCUGGUCUCAAAGUACAAAUUUAAUCUGUUUGCCACUAGGGUUACAGAUAAAUCCAGGCAGGUGGCUUUUCGGAAGGGAGCGGCGGUUUUCGUUCUGAAUGAGGGGCCAACUCAGGAGAGCGUGGGAUUGAAUGAAUGGCUGCUUGGCGUGGAUCCCCAACGGGUCGAGGUCAGACAACCCGGCCGCGGUCAUCCCUCGGCCUGCCUUUACGACGUCAGCCCGCAUCAUCCGGUGGACUCGGUCAGCAAUGUGUGUUUCGAGGUGGAGGAUGUGGAAAGGUCGUUCAAGGAUCUCCGGCGGCUGGGCUGCAGUUUCCUGGUGCCCCCCACGACUGUCGAGGACCAGAGCGGUCGUGUCACCUACUCCGUGGUGAAAUCGGCUGUGGGAAACGUGUGCCACACGUUGGUCGACAAGACCAAAUACGGGGGGGUCUUUCUCCCGGGGUUCGAUGUGACGGAGCAGGGCUGGAGCCUGGAAAAAGAGGACCCGUCUUGCCCCGUUACGCAUUUCGAUCACAUUACUUAUGCCUGUCCCAGGAAGUCGACACAGGAGGUGAUGAGGUGGUAUGAGAAGCUGUUUGGUUUCCAGAGGUUUUUCAUUGACAGUAAUGAAGAUGUGGAUGAAGGGUUUGUAGUAAACCAUGAGGGUGUUGGACUGCGACUCACUGCCAUGAAGUACUGGAAAUGCAGCGAGGUUGGAAUCACCCUUCCCUUCGCUGACAAGAAAGAGCCUGAUUGCAAGUUUGUCAUUGCAGAAUCACUACCUCACCAAGGCCCCAACCAGGUGGACACCUUUUUGGAGCAGCACAGAGCACCUGGGGUCCAGCACAUUGCACUGUACACCAAAAACAUAGUUUCUACUGCACAGACAAUGGCCGACGCGGGUGUGCACUUUUUCACCCCUCCUCCUGCCUACUACACGGAGGUGGGGAAACAGCAGGAAAUAGAGGAAGCAGGACACAACCCCCAGAUGCUGGCACAGAAUGGUAUUCUCUUGGAUACAGACCUGCAGCAGGAUCCCUCACUGAUGAGAGUAUCCAGUGAAAACAGAAGAUACCUUCUCCAGGUGUUCACCAAGCCAAUAUUUGCUGAAGACACCUUCUUCCUUGAGCUAAUAGAGCGAAGAGGGGCGAUGGGUUUUGGUGAGGGGAACAUCAGGGCUCUUUGGAGGUCGGUGCAGGCGUACAUGGAGAAUGAGAAAGGGGAUUCUGAAGGAGAAGGAUCCCCCAAAACCAUACAAACUGCACAGAACUAGGUUUUAUUUCCAUCUUAAGUGUAAUUUAAACCAGACAUGUUUUAUAUGAAAAUGUUAUAGCACUUAUUUUGCCCAGAGAUAUCAAAAUGAACCCGAACGUACUUGUUGCACGACAGGCACACAAUCUUAUGUUGUAUAAACGUAUCUGCUGAAGCAUGACAAACAUGAAGUAAUACAGAACAGAUGUUGCACAGAAUCCUUGAAAUGUUACAACAAUAAUUCGCUCGCUAUCGCUGUUAAAGAGUGUCUUUGUUCCCACUGUAUCAAAGCAAACCGAAGCACUCCGAAGCAACUGUUCCUUAAUAAAUCUGUUUCUCCCAGCAGACCAUGAGGAACACAUUCACUCUUUGAAUCAUUUUCUGUUACAGUGUAAGGGAACGUUUUCUCAGGUUGUUUAAAGACGCAUAUUGCAAACAAUAUUGCCUUUAUUUCCCCUUUAUGUUUUAUUUUUAUUGUAUUUUUGCAUGUAACCAAUGAAAAUUCUAAAGAUGUGAAUAAGAGCUGCAGGUGUAGGGUAAACUCUUCUGGGAUGAAUUGGUGAAAUAAAGAUUAAGAAAACAGUAAAUGAGUGAAAGUAGUCCUAAUCUAUUUGGUGAAAGAGAAACUUGGCAUACACACAUUUUUAACUGCUUUCCACCCUUUGGAAAUAAAUGCAUUUGGACAGA